GCACGGAGAGGCGAAGAAGAAAGAGCGUCGAGGAGCCAGAAGGACGAGGCAACGCAGUCGAUCCACCUUUCGUCUUUUGGUCUGUCUCGCAAAGAGAGAUCCGUUUUCAGUUCUGUCUUGCUCUCUGGUUCAUAUAUAUCUAUAGAGAGAGGGGAGAGAGGGAGAGCGUCGUCGCCUCUUGAUGCGCUGUGCCUGGUGACGUGCUCCGAUAGCCUCUUCUGCUCUUUUUUCCCCCCUCCUCCCCUUUUUCCUGAACGAUUACGCACGCCUUCCGCGUCCUCGCAGAUGAUGCCAGCCGAUCCCGUCGCAGGCCCGAGUACGGCAGGGAGGCUGCAGUGGCGCACCUCUCUACUAGAGGCGGUGCGGCGCUACAAUGAGGAGAACUUAGCGACGACAGCGGACUUGCGCGACGGCGCGGCGGCGGAAGACGUAACUGCUGCUUCGUCGCUGUUAAAAGUACUGGUGCAACGCACGCCCAACGUCACGAACCCGUCGUGGGCGAUGGAGGAGUGCGGGCGGUUGUGUCCGAAUGUGGAGCUGUGGUGCGGGUCGGCGCUAGCAAAGGACGUGUGGGCACCGCCCGGUACGCCGGAUUGCCCAUUUGGCACGCAACCCGCGGACUUCCGCAUUCACCACUAG